CACCGGUCGUCACAUCUUUGUCAGUGAACAAAAUGGCAACCUACUGUCUAACUGUCGCCCGGCUUCAGCUGGUGCUGGGCAAUGGUGCACGGCGCCUGCAUAUAUCGGCGGCGUACAGAGCCAAGGCCAAAGUGUCUAUGAGCCGCUUUGAGCCAACUUCCUUCGUCAACUACGAGCGGCUCCAGUCCAACAUUGACAUCGUGCGAUCGAGACUCAACCGGCCCCUCACCCUGUCAGAGAAGAUCGUGUACGGCCAUCUCGAUGACCCUAAAAAUCAGGAAAUCGACCGCGGGCGCACGUACCUGCGGCUGCGGCCCGACCGCGUGGCCAUGCAGGACGCCACGGCCCAGAUGGCCAUGCUGCAGUUCAUCAGCAGCGGCCUGCCGAAGGUGGCCGUGCCCUCCACCAUCCACUGUGACCACCUGAUCGAGGCCCAGACCGGAGGAGAGAAGGAUCUGGCCAGAGCAAAGGAAAUCAACGAGGAGGUCUACAACUUCCUGUCCAGCGCUGGAGCAAAAUACGGAGUCGGCUUCUGGAAACCAGGCUCUGGAAUCAUCCAUCAGAUAAUCCUGGAGAACUACGCCUACCCGGGAGUGAUGCUCAUCGGCACAGAUUCCCACACACCAAACGGCGGUGGGCUCGGUUCCAUCUGCAUCGGAGUCGGAGGAGCAGACGCUGUCGAUGUCAUGGCAGGAAUCGCCUGGGAGCUCAAGUGCCCGAAGGUGAUCGGUGUGAAGUUGACGGGUUCCCUCUCAGGCUGGACGUCUCCUAAAGACGUCAUCCUGAAAGUGGCCGGCAUCCUGACGGUGAAGGGAGGCACGGGAGCCAUCGUUGAAUACCACGGACCAGGAGUUGACUCCAUCUCCUGCACCGGAAUGGCCACCAUCUGCAACAUGGGAGCAGAGAUUGGAGCCACGACCUCAGUGUUCCCCUACAACCACCGUAUGAAGACGUACCUGGAGAAGACCGGACGUGGAGAUAUCGCUGCUAUGGCCGAUGAAUACGCCGACCUGUUGGUUCCAGAUGAAGGCUGCGAGUACGACGAGCUCAUCGAGCUCAAUCUGGAUCAUCUGAAGCCCCACAUUAACGGACCCUUCACCCCCGACCUGGCCCACCCUGUGUCUGAAGUCGGAGCUGUGGCUGAGAAGCACGGCUGGCCAAUGGAGGUUAAAGUUGGUCUGAUUGGCAGCUGCACCAACUCCAGCUACGAGGACAUGGGCCGCGCCGCCUCUGUGGCCAAGCAGGCUUUGGAUAAAGGCCUGAAGUGCAAAGCUCAGUUCACCAUCACCCCCGGCUCCGAGCAGAUCCGCGCCACCAUCGAAAGAGACGGAUAUUCAAAGAUCAUGGGUGAUGUUGGAGGUGUUGUCCUCGCCAAUGCGUGUGGACCCUGCAUCGGACAGUGGGACAGGCAGGAUGUGAAAAAGGGAGACAAGAACACGAUCGUCACGUCCUUCAACAGAAACUUCACCGCCAGGAAUGAUGCUAACCCCGCAACUCACUGCUUUGUUACCUCUCCUGAGAUCGUCACUGCCAUGGCGAUCGCCGGCACAUUGAACUUCAACCCCGAGACGGAUUACCUCACGGCCGCCAACGGGGAGAAGUUCAUGCUGGAUCCCCCCACCGGAGACGAACUUCCUGCCAGGGACUUCGACCCCGGCCAGGACACCUACCAGCACCCCCCACCUGACGGCAGCAGCCUGAAGGUGGACGUCAGCCCGAAGAGCAACCGGCUGCAGCUGCUGACGCCCUUCGACAAGUGGAGCGGCGGAGACCUGGAGGAUAUGAGGAUCCUCAUCAAGGUGAAGGGGAAGUGCACCACAGAUCACAUCAGCGCUGCCGGCCCAUGGCUGAAGUUCCGUGGCCACCUGGACAACAUCUCCAACAACAUGCUGAUCGGAGCCGUCAACAGCGAGAACGAGGCCAUCAACAAGCUGAAGAACUACCUGACGGGGGAUUACGAUGGAGUGCCGGAUGUGGCCCGCCACUACAAGGCUAACGGUGUGUCCUGGGUUGUGGUCGGAGACGAUAACUACGGUGAGGGCAGCAGCAGAGAGCACGCUGCGCUGGAGCCCCGGCAUCUGGGAGGAAGAGCCAUCAUCGUAAAGAGCUUCGCCAGAAUUCACGAAACUAACUUGAAGAAGCAGGGUGUUCUGCCUCUGACCUUCAGCGACCCAUCGGACUAUGACAAGAUCCGCCCCGAUGACAAGAUCUCCAUCAAAGGACUCAAAAGCUUCGCUCCAGGAAAGCCUCUCACCGCCGUCCUGAAGCACAGCGACGGCAGCGAGGAGUCCUUCGUGCUGCUGCACAGCUUCAACGAGACGCAGAUCGAAUGGUUCCAGGCAGGAUCCGCCCUCAACAGGAUGAAGGAGCUGCAGUGAGGAGCAAACAUGUGGAGGAGCGAGGCGGGUUUUCAGGGGAGGGGGAGCUCAGGGUGGGGAGGGAUGAAGAACGUAGGUGAUGAUUGCUCCGUCAGCUGCAUCAGAAAUGUGACAGUAUACCUCGGAAAGUUGCAUGUUGAUACGUUCAGAGGAAGCUGAUGUUGAUGAGGGAACAAAACAACUCUGCGGUCAGGUACUGUACGCUGCUCAGUCAAACGGUGAAAACCAAUUCCAAACCAGACACACACACACACACACACUGACACACUUUGACACAUCAAGCUGAUAAAGUUACUAGAGCUAAGCCAGGUUAUCACACACUGUAUGAAAAUGAGUCAUUCGACCUGCCCCGGGGUUAUUUACACUCCAUCUGUGCAUUAGAUUUUAUUGAAGAUGCACAAAGGUCCAAAAAUGAACUGAUGGACGCUAAUACUCGUUUAGUCUGCCCUCUAAUUGCCACAAUAAUACACUACAAGGUACAGCAACAAGCCGUCUUAUCUUAACACCAGUUUUAAAAGCAGAAACUAGUGACCGAGCAGUUCUGUAGUGAUUGCUGAAAGGCAUUCUGGGAACUGUAGGCAUGGGGCAGCUUGAGAGAAAGUUGAUUGCAGUGAGCAUCUUUUUUUUUAGUGAAUAAUGUUUGUUUAUCACGGUACACUUUGUCAAAAUGUUUUCAGACUUUACUCAAUAUACAGAAAGACUUCAAGUAAAACUGUUCUUCUUCCCUGACUCCAUCACUGCCACCAUCUUCAAACUGCCCUCCCGAUCAAUCCUUAACCUCUUGAAAGGUCAAACACAUCUUAAGGUUUCCCCACACCUUGUUUGUUUAUUUAUUUAUAUAUAUUUUCCUGCUAAUGGUUCACAUCCUGCGUGCUUUUUCCAUAAACUUCUUUCUACAAAACACACCGCUUCAACAUGGACCUGUGUCGUCUUCAGUGCCCCUUCCUGCAGGGUCACGUGUCACUGUUUGUGUUACUUUUACCUCACAAAACAAAACUGGAUUGCAAAAAAUAAACGUCAGUACUGAUGCUUUCAAAACUGACUGUAGAUGAUCGCUUGCUUUAAGUUAACAGAAGUUUUUCAGUGGAUAUUAUGAACCAAAACCUCCCAACAGAACAGAAACGGGUUUUGUUUUUGUCUUUAAUUCCCCUUUACGGUCCCUGCAAAGUGAACACAUCCAGAGGUUGAUCAGACGAAGGCUCGAACCACUCUCUCUGCUGUGAUGUGUCGGAUUUGUUGUACAUUAAAGUGUUGUGUUAUUUUCUCCCAGAUUAUCUUUUCUGUAUUACAGAAAUGCCAACGGGUUGUAAAAUAAAAGAAUCACAGAUCUCGUUUAUUUA